CCCAUCCGCCGGAAAACAAGAAGGAGAUAAGCGGAUGUUUUGGUUCUAGUCGGCAUUAGUGAAGUCUGUUUGUUUGGAAUUAAGUCGUUAAACUCUCUCAGACGAUGUUUAUUUGAAUGAAAUAAGGUAAACGAACUUGUAAGACAGCUAAGUAGACCACUGUCAUGUACCGCUUGGUUUAAUUUGUAACUUCUCCUCUGCUAACGUUAGCCUCAGUUAGCCAACAGUGAUUUCUUAGCUGGAGUUGUCUACCAACUAUAGUGGAGAGUGGGGUAAGAUGAGACAUUUUUCGUAUUUCAGAUCACUACAUCAAGGCAAUCCUAGUUUUGUCUCUUACUAGUGUAUCUGCAUAUAUUUCAAGAUGUUGUUCAUCCCUGCAAACCAACAGAAUGAGUGUAAACAGAACUGUCUUGAUAAUAUAGCAUGCCAAAAAAAGUGGUCUCCUAUGGUCAACUUACUCCAUGUAUGGGGUAAGUUGAGCCGUAUCCCUACUAACCCUCCCUCACCUUCUCUCUCCCUAAAUAACAGUCACUUUUCUCCACAUUCAUGUGUAUUUUUAUCUAUUAUACACCAUUCAACUGGUACAACAAUCCUCUUUUAUUAUUGUUGCAUAUAACCGCCAAAAAGCUGUUUUGUAAAAAGUCCUUUUAACAUGAAAAUGUCUUUAAGUGAUUCAGAACAUUCACAGCUGUAUCUAUGGAAAGAAAAAGUAAAACAUUUCAACAAUCUGAACUGAAACUCUGAUCCUCUCAUCAGACUCCUUUACUUUCUCAGUUGAGUCACUGGCUCAACUUACCCCAGAACUACUAUGAUGACUUUAUUAGUCCAUGUAGCCAGUGGUACCCAACCUUUAUUGUACCAGGGACCAGUUUCAUGCAGGAAACUUUUUCCAAGGACUGGGUAGGGGCGUGGAGAUUCCAAUAACAAAAGCCUUAGUCAGUACAUAGUAUGUACAUUGUAUGUACUCGGGGUACAACAAUUACAUUUUAUAUUAGGCACUUUUCAUUACACUUUAACAUCAACUCACCAUAAUGCAGAACCAACCCUUUCUCUCUCCAGUGAACUCUGUUUCUGGCUCGUUUUUGCCAGGGCUAGUUUGUGUUGCUGAAGCAGGAAAAUGAAGCAAUGUCAGAAGUGGUGGUCUUUCAAAAUAAGAUACUGGGAGGACUUAUAAAAAAAGAAAACAAAUUAUUUAAUCAUUGUAAUUUUUUUUUCAGGCCCGGUACUAAUUGAUCGUCAGACAGGUAUCGGUCUGGGGCCCGGUGGUUGGGGACCACUGCUCUAAGCUAAAAUGGUGGACUUUUAUGCUAGGUUUUUGACCUCAUGUUGUAGUUCAUAGAUACCAAAUGAUCUUUUUUGGCCUGAACACAAUUGUAAUAAAUUUUGUGACAGACUAAAUUCACUUUCAAAUGUUUUUUGGGAAAUAAAUGUCUCUAACCCCUUCACCCAUGUGCUUCUAACCUUCACAGACUCCAUGAAUUGAUGCCCAUCUCCUAAAUAUUUGGUCCCAUGAUCAAUUUCUUUUACCAUUUUCAAGCAACAGGGGGAACACUCAACUUACCCUUCGGCUCAACUUACCCCACUCUCCCUUAUGCUUUUCAUCACCUGUGUGACUUCGUUGGAUUGUAUUUACCUUAAAAAACUAUUUGAUGUGAAAUUCAUUAAAUAUUUAGAAUGGUUAUAUGUUGACGAAAAUAAGUGGUUUCAGCAGGGACAUUGUGGUAUUGAGACCAUGGCUCAAUUACUCCAAAUGCUAACAAUGUUUGCUCUGUAUGUCUCUUGUUUAUUUCCAGGGAGAUGUCUAAGAAGUCAAAGAAGAGAAAGCGUAAAAGGUUUUCCUCUUCCUCUGAUGAAGAAGAGAAGGUGAGGAGGCAUAUGUGAUCACAGUUUUUACCUUUAUAAAUAGAGAAAGUCAGUAUGGAUGGCAUUCAGUCCUUUUAAAGCUCCUAUGAGGAGUAAUAUGGCAUUUAUGAAAAAGACUGAAAUUCAUCUUUGUGACCUUUAAUGAUAUACAUGACCCUGUUUUUACCAUUUCCACUAAAAAUAUUCAUAACAGAACACUACAUUCUGCCAUCAAAAGUCAUCAGGAUGAGAUUUGUUGUCACUGAAACAAACUCAAAGUUCUUCACAGGAGCUUUAACUUUGUUGGUGUCGUGGUGGAAAUCCUGAACUCAGAUUCAGGAUCCUCUAGAUGUCUGUGAUGGUUUAUUUAUUUUUUAAAAGUCAAAAACAGAGGCUUUUCCAACAGAUGCCAAACUGAAAGUAGAAUACAGCUAAUUUCUAUAUAUUUUUAUUCAUUUUAAAAGGGCACAAAAAACCUGAACAAAUCAAAUCAGGAUGGAAAAAGUUUGAUUUAAGACUGGAGGAUAUAGUAAUAAUAGUUCUGUAAAGAUAGUUUUUUAUAUUAGACAGUUUUCCCACGCUCGGUUUGUGAUUUGAAAAGGAAUUGUGUUAUUAUCUUUGAAAUCCAGCUGUUGUUUCUGCAAUUACAAGAUUUCAACUGAGGAGUUCAAUUUUUUUCAUAUUUUCAGAGACCCAGGCAUGAGCGUGAUAAGAAAAGCUCCAGACAUGACAAGAGAAAGGAGUCUGAAAACAGCACAGAAAGGUUAGAAACGGUGCACUUUGCCCUAAUGAUAAGGUUUGCAUUGUUCAACUUUUGUUCAUCUCUGACUCUGAUAUAUCUUGUGUUGUUCCAUCUCAAGGUGUGCAGAAAAAAGGGAAAAAUCUGACUCUCGAGCUGUUAAAGAUGACUCCCAAAGCACUCGUCAGAUUAAGAAACCCGUCUACAGGCUGACAAAAACACACGCAACAGAGCAGAAACCUGUUAACAAGGAGGAAGAGAGCAGGAAAACAAAAAGUGACACUGUGUCACCCCAAGGGGAACAUCGCUCAAGCAAAGCAAAACAUGAUACGUCAGGGAAAGACAAAGCUGCCAGUGGGAGUAGGACUGUUGAUAAGGGAAUGCCCAAACCCUCAAACUCCAGACACACAAGCACGGUUCCUCUGAGGACAGAGGAGACAUCGAAAAGGAGCCCAGAUGAAAAGUCUUCCCACAGGAGCCUGUCCAAAUUAAAAAAAGAGAUAAUGAGUCCCAGUUUGGUUACUGAUAAACACAAAGAAGCUGACAGAAAUGCACUGAAGAAGAGACCGGCAGCUGAAGAGCGACAAAGGUCGUAUGAUGACAGACACAGUAUCAAAACCAGCACGCCAGGCAAGACCUCCCACGUGUCCAAAGACUGUGUAAAGCAGACAGGAAAGGAGCUAGUCCAGGAAACGUGUGGACAUGAUGAUGAAAUAACAAUUAAGGUCAAAACAGACCCGUGUGCAGAAGUAAAAACUCCCUUUAUCUCCACCAAAGUGUCCUCCUUCACUCUAGCCAAGCCAUCUACCUCAGUUAGUAGCUCAAAUAUGGUGAAUAAUUUCACUCCAGUCGAAGGGAACAUCAGCUGCAUGACUAAUCAGACAGUAAAGUCAUCAUCGGCUAAAAAAUCAUCUAUUCUCUCACCUUUCGCAAUAAGAUUCAAGAUCCCGAAAAAGGUUAAACCAAAGCCAUUAGUUAGCAUCACUGAAGAUAAAAAUACUUUUCCUGUAAUCAAAAAUAUCCGAAAAGGGACUGAACCUCCAAACUCUGAGGCCUCAGCGAGCAAAUCAAAACAGGAAACUGUGCCGCAAACUUACAGCCGUUCGGCCGCUACUCCAUCUGUUUCAUCUGAGGGACAAGAAAAGAGGCCACCUCUGUCUGGACAACCUCCAGCUCUGUUUGAUACUCCCACUAAGCCCGUGCCUGACCAGGUAAAAAAACUAAUUUAUUCAAUACAAACAAGUUAUUUCGCAGCUUUGCAAAUUCUGAGUUUUCCAGUUAAUUUAUUACAGUAAAAUAAGCUUUUUGACAUUGCCAAAAUUCAAUAUUUCAGUGAUGUUUGUUUUUAAUUCAUUUCUCGGUUGACACAGGUGGUUGAAGAGCUUCAUCUUGCUCGUUCUGAGAAGCGGCUGGAGGUGGAUGUAAUGCAGAGCUAUGGGGAGCUAACCUGUAUGGAAAUAGACCCUCCAGAGGAAACUGCAGAAUCACACUGUAAGCUCUUAGGGGAAAGCAGAGACACUUGAAAUCAUACACACUUAUUCAUGUCAAAUUUAAGUGAAAGGCAAAUCAAAGCAAGUUCAUUUCUAUAACGCAUUUCAGCACAAAAAAGUUUACACACAAGAUUUUAAACAUUAUGAUAAAGGACAGAAGAAACACAUUAAAAGAGGAUAUUAAAAAUGUUAUGAAGACAUUUAGGGAUCAGUGCAAAGAACAGAGUGUUAAAAUGUGAUAAAACAGUGCUAAAUACAAGCCUGUAGAUUACAUUAAGUUAUAGAAUUUGUCUCUGAUUGUUAAAGUAAUCCAAAAGGCUUUAAACUGUCGAGUUUUCAGCCUGAUUUAUAAGAGCUGGGGGUUUCAGCAGAAAGUAAGCUUAUUCCAGAUAAAUGGAGCAUAAAACAAAACUGAGUGCUGCUUCUACAGUUAAGAUCUGACCGAUGUCAAACAUGAGAUCAAAAACAAAGUCAUCAUAAGAUUGUAUUGUAACUUGGAACCUUCACACUUCACAGAAAACUCUUGAAAUUAAAGCUGUGCACAUUUUGACUUAAUGAGAAGCAACUUCAUCACUGUAGAAAAAACGAUCUUUUUCCAGGUAGACAACCCCUGCAGCAGGACUUGAUCCUCGUUCUGGACACCAACAUUCUCAUCAGUCACCUGGACUACGUGAAGAAGAUCGUAUCCCACGGCCUCAAAGGUACUUGAAAUAUUUUAGUUUUUGACCUGUUAUGUAAUUUUGCCAAUUUAAAAGGUUUAACAUUUGUUGGAUUGAUUUGUUUAUCAAUUGUCCUUAAAUGUUUGCUAAUUUCAUUAUUGGGUUCAUUUUGUUCUUCUUCUUUUGAGAUCUAUUUUACAACAGGAAUAAACUAGGAACUAACUUUUUAAUCGUUUUAAGUCUUGAUACAGCUACAAGAGUUCACUUAAUGACAACUGAUAACGCAAAGACAUGACAAUGAAAAUAAGCUUCUGUUCUUAAAGACUGAACUUUAUAGCAAUUAUUUAACAAUGCUGUGAGUACAGCGUCAUUCUUACAAAACAAACAUCCUGAGAAGUUUUGAAACUUAAUCCCCAAAUUCAUAUUUUGGGAACUCUACAUCCUGAUAAUGUUGGAAAAAACAUGUUAAUCCUAACUUGCUUUCUCCCUGUGUUCUCUUAGCCCUGGGCUCCCCUGUAGUCCUGAUCCCCUGGGUGGUGCUCCAGGAGCUGGAUUCCCUGAAACAGGAGAAUGGUCUGUCUGGCUCCGUGGCCCACAGAGCCAGACCUGCCAUCUCGUACAUUUACAACUCCUUGAAGAGUCGGGAACCUCGACUCUGGGGGCAGUCUAUGCAGCAAGCAGCUAAGAGCAAGAGUGAGUACUGAUUUAAGGAGAGUAUAUGAAAUUUUGCUCUGGAGGUAUAAUGAAGGUUUAAUGAAUUUGCUAUAACUUAGACUAGUUUUUCUACAGCUUGUCCUUGGGCCCAUAUCAGAAAAAAAUUACUGUUGUGUUUCUGUGCCACUCUCCUGUGGUAACAAAAGAGCAACACAAACAUCACUGGAGCUACAGACCCUCAGGGAAAUGUGUUUAUUUUUCUAAAAUUUACCUGUUGUUUUGGUUAUUAUUUUUCAACUUAAACAACUUUGACUUUCUAUUAUUCCUCAAUAAAUAUUCAAGGUUCAAGAUUGAAGAUUUUUUCUCAAACAGAUUGGUGGUGAAAUGCAGUUACUGUCCCCCAAGGCUGCACAAUAAAAACCAUGAAAGAAACGAGUAUAAGAACGUAAACAAAGAGUGAAAAUGUGUUAAAGAAAAUUGUCAAAAUGCAGUUGGCAGUAUGUGGAUAUAACCUGCACAAAAAAUUCACUCUUCAUCAUGAAUUCCAGCGUGACGGAUUAAGUCCUUUACAUCAUGGGUUAGUUAAUCUGAGUUCAUUCACUGCAUGAAUGAUCCACUUGUAUGUAUAGCCCUUUAAUGCCAUGCACGUCCACAUACCCAGACCAGUGCCGACAGAACAAAGCACACAAUUAGGGUUGUCCAAGGACACGUGUGUGGGCAGAGACAAACAUGAACAUAAACACUAGGUGGCGCUGACAUAAAGGUGAACUUCAAAAUGUCACCAUCGUAGCGUGCACUGCUUCCUUUUCAAGGGCAGGUUGUCACCCCAGCGUGAGGUUGCCCACUUCUUAUCUGUGUAUUAUAUUGAUCAACACUGAAUUUGUAACACCAGUGCUAGGACAUUAUAGAAGCAGCUAAUAAAGGAGAUAAGCAGGGAAACUGACCCCAGCUCUGAGAGUCAAAGGCACAGAUGCAUCCUUAAAAAGAGAUCUUUUAACUCUAAUGUUAUAUUUGUAUUUCUUUCAUUUUACAGUCUUUAUUUGGAAGAAGAAAGGGCUUUUCCUGCACACAGACUCGCCUGUCACAAGCUAAUAAUAUGAUAAAAAAUCCUGCAUGUUUCUCUGUUUAUAGUGUGGAUUCUCAUAUUUCUGGCUUUGUUUCCCUCCUCCUCUCCUGCCCCCUUCCUCAUCAUGCCUCCUCGUCCCCAGAUGAUCUGAAAACUGAAAAUAACGAUGACAGAGUGCUGCAGUGCUGCCUGCAGUACCAGAGUCUGUACCCAGGGUGUGCUCUCAUCUUAUGCACGUGAGUCCCCCUCCUCCUCCCCCUCUGCUCUGUCCUAAUGCUGCUGCAGCGUGUGUGUCCUCUAAAACGCACAUACAUGUGACUGGGAGCGGGUCCAGCCAGAUAGUUCCAGUUGGGAUGAGAGAAAGAGAGGGCCAGACAGAGUAAUUGGACAAGAAUAGAUGUGCUGAGCAGAGGAUUCUGAGCGCAGUUCGGGGAUGUUUUUUCUUGGGGUACAUAGAGCAGUUGCUAUUCGAUUGUUUCGCCCUAUUCUCCCUUUGACCUAUUUCUUUUAGCACCAUUUCCUGACGCUCUUAUUGAUCCCUCUGCUUAGAAAAAGAGACAUUAGUUAAUUAGACGUUGAAUCAGUGUUGCACAGGGACAUGUUCAUGAUUCUGGAUUUAAUUAAUGAUAUGUAAUUAUAAUUUUUUUCUUGAUUCUUCUCCAGUGAUGAUAAAAACCUUUGCAGCAAGGCUCUCCUGAGUGGGGUGAAGGCCCUCAGUAAGAGUGAUUUGGAGGUAGAGGCUGGCCAAUCCAGCCAUGGCUUUAAUCCUCUGCAAAGCAUUAAAACUUCCACACUGCCUCACAUCAGCCCUCAGGUUUCAUCAGCAGCUCUGGACAGGAGCUUUCAGCAGAGAUCAGAACCUUCUGUGGGACUCAGAGGGAAAGGUGAGCCAAGGAUACGUGUUCGCUCCGCAAAAACAGGAAAUCACUUGGCAUGGUCCAUCGCGGUGUAAUAAUUUACAGCACAUACCGUCCGAGCGCUCGCCCCCCUCCCUCCUUCAUUUUUCCUGUUUUCCUUCCUUCACUUCAAACCCUUGUUCGAAGUCAAUCCGGGUGACAGCUAAACCAUUUCAACACAUAAAACACAAACUUGACAUCUUGUGGGAAGAAUAAAAUGUGUUUAAUACUCUCAUGAUUCUUAAAUAUGUAACUGAUGUCACAGAUUACAAGCAACAAAGCAAUGAGGAGGAUGAAGAGGAGGCACAUUGGGACCGUAGAUGUGUCUCUGAGUUUGAGGACUGCCUGCGUGAGGUGCUGUCUGAUGUUUUGGAGGUGGAGAUGGAGGCUGCUUUUGGUAACCUCUGGCUUGAGGUAAACCUAUAUUUAGAAAUGAACAAACAGCUGGGUUCAGCUACUUUAGAUAUGAUUUUGAUGUUUGUUCGUUUGGCGACAUACUAGUUGAAAAAUUGACAAACAUUUUGAACAUGUGGCUCUUUACUCUGUUUUAUUUCUAUUAACAGAUCGUUAUGAUAAAACCACCGUGGACUCUUCAGGAAGUCCUACAGUGUUUGAGGAAGCAUUGGAUUGCUGUGUUUGGCCAAGUUGUCCCAAGGAGGAUGGAGCAAACAGUUUCAAGCCUCAUUGACUUCUUCCACUCAGGUUUGAAGGUUUAAGAACUCUAUUUUGUCUAGAAGCAUCAGAUCGAAAUGCAAAUGGGUGGUUUAACCUCUGGGUUUCCUUAGUUUUAUUUGUAAAAGAUUGUAUAUGGCUGGCUCAGUCAUCAAGAUUAACAGGUCACAUGACUCUUCAUAAUAUGUGGUAACAGCGAUCGAACAAGGGGAUUUUUCUAGAUCUGAAAUUACUUCCCACAAGCCUUACUUCAGGAAUGUGAACAAAACAUCAGAUCUUUAUGCAAAACUCCAAAUGUAAUUCACUAAUGACAUAAACUAGUUCAAAUUGUUCAGACGACUAAAUCAAGCUUUUCUUCAGAGCUGUGUUGUUGUGAGCUUUGAUUCCCAUGAAACACAACAGUGUGUUCAGUACACUGACUCAAAGUUCUUGACGUGCAGACCUCUUAUAUCGUUUUAUUCGUCAUUAUAUAACUGUUUGUUCUGACUGAGCAAUCUGAUCUGAUAGAGGACAUUCCUUCAGUUCUGAUAUAGAGGGCUUAUCACAGGGACUCGUCUCUACAAGUAUGAGUCCUGUGUUUGUUAGGAUUAAUCAAGGUGGUAACUAACUGGCUAUAUGAUCAAUUAAAACAAACAGUGAUUUUACAGGAUAAAAAGUAGCAGGUCUGCAGUAACCAUGGAUACAGACCAUAGACUGUAUAUAGAAUGGACGCUGUCUGCCUCCUCGCUGGGUGAAGCCACCCCAAGAACAGCACCCCCAGGUGACGGGCUGCAGUAUAGGUCAUAAAUCCCGCCUCCUCCAGCAAUCCCUAUGGAGCUUUGGACAAACUUUAGAAAUUUAUUACACUGAACAUACAUUUUUCUCCUCCCUGGUUGCGAUGUUGACAUGUUGUCACUGUAAGACUGGUUUGUGCUUUGUUCUGUGCAGCUCCAUUUUUAAAAGUUAUUAGGGGGUUCAUGUUUAUAUGAUUGACACUUAAUACAGCCUAUGGGCGUACGAAGAUUGUGUAGCUCACCCUGGGGAUACGCUGUUCUAGCCAAGCGUAAUCACAGCGACUCUCGGUGACUCUCCAACCGAAUGCGGGAGUAUAAUGCUCCUGCGCAAGUGAUAGAGUGCGUACAACGCUACUGUGCAAUUUUGGUUUCAGGAAGUGGAGAAAAAAUGCGGAAUAACCGAGAGCUUUUCGGCUUCAAAUCUGGCGGAAGGCGGAACCAAGUUGUCCAUAGUAUACACAGUCUAUGAUACAGUCAGAAUAGCAAGAGUGCCAUGAGUGUUCAUAGACUGUAAAACCAACAGAGUUAGAGCUCCCCCUACUGCCCCGUUGCAGUAUUGCUCGUUAACCCCACCUCCUUCAUGUUAGCAAAUGGAUCGUGAGUCUAACUUUAAAAUUAGCUUUUGAUAAGUGCUUUUUAACACUCCAUGUCACUUAAUGAACUUUAACUUGAAGGCCAUUUCAAACUUGAUGUUUGAUGUGCUGAUUUUCAGUCUGCAGCCUGUGAUCGUAUCACAGCAGUGCAGAUAUUUAGUGUAUCAUCAUCACUCCCUCUCAUGGAAAAUCUCUAAACUUUCUUUGUCACUGGAAUUCAAAGAGGGUCUGAUGUUAUUAAAAAAGAUUAUGCGCUAAUUCCCGGGAACUAGGGCUAAUCUGCUUUUAACUGGGAACAAAACAUUUUGCAAAAACCGAAUGAAUAAAUGUGAGAUACUGCCUGAGGUACAAAACUGUCAGAUUUGACAUUUAGGAAACCACCCUGGCUGUUUAAAUCCAGAGAUAUUCUGGUCAGAUUUAAUACUGUAAGCCUUGCAGUUUUUCCUCUCACUCCUGCGCGGACAGUGCUGUAGAGGUACUGAGUCAUCCCUGCUAAUAAAGUCUUACUCCUCUGGGGUAUGACGUUGCCUGCCCUGCACUGCGCUAGAACCCCACAGAACUAGAUACAGAAUCAGGUCAUCAGCUAAAAAAGGGCUCUCAAAUGUGUGUCAGAAAGAUGCUGAGUCGCCUGCUGCAGCACUUCUUUCUCUGGAUCCCAGGCUGGCUCUGAUUACACUAUGCUUACAGUGAUGAAUGGGAGUGUGUCUGUGUGCCCCUGUCUGCCAGAGAGGGGGUGAAUGGCAAAACUAUACUUAUUUAAUCCCCCCCAGGAACAUACAUAGAUGAAACAUUUACUUGCCCUUGCUUGGUGUAUCCUUUGGACACUAACAAGAUUCAAGAUUUAUUGGUACCACGCAGCCUGGCUUUGUGCCACAAAUGAGAGAGUAGGAGGAGAAGGAGGUGGGAGGAGGUGGGGAAGGAGGAGGAGGAGGAGGAGGAGGGAAGGAAGGAGGGAUAAAGGCAAAGAACAAAUCUAGGAGUGGAAAAGUACUGCAUGUGAUUUUUCUGCUCUCACUUGGACAGGCUGGGUGUGAGAUUGUUAUACUUGUGAGGACAGAGUAUUUAAAGCGUCCUUAAAAUGGACCAAUGCCCAAUAAAAUCAAAUCCAUGCAAGAUCACUGUUAUUGUUCAUGGUAGCAGAAAACACGUAGUAGAUUAGACAUUAUACACACAAACACACAUCCUCCCUACACACAUACACACACACACACACACACACACACACACACACACACACACACACACACACACACACACACACACAAACUGAGUCUCAGAUUGUUUUCACUGCCUGGCUGAACUGUUUUCCAUCUUUCUGCUUAAAUCAGUCCUCCUCAAAAAGUUCACCAAGGGAAAAAGGCUUUUGUUUUUUCCAAGUAGGAUCUUUUCCAUUUAUUUGUACUCAUACUCACAUUUGUCCCUCUUACACAGGUCAAAACAUGGACCGCAGUGGCACCAAAGCCGCCAUCCAAAUGGCGAAGGAGUUUGUCAAAGCGUUUGGGAAAAGAUCAAACUGUGUUCCAGGCGCCAUCACCAAACUGGAGAACCUUUUUAAUAAGCUACAACCACAGAGCAGCCGCAGGGUGAUCGAUAGAGUAAGUCUUCCUCAUACAAUCGAGCUCAGAGUGUUACACCUGCGAUCUAUAAUUCAGUUCAUGUUUUCUGCUGCUGGACGGAAGGAAAGGAAAAACUUCACUCUGAAAUGGCUCUUUAUGGUGAAGUCUGAUCUUUUGGUAACGAGCACAGAAAGAUCAAUUAAUCAGGCCAAAGAAUGAGACGUCAACAUAACAUGCGUCUUAUUAGCGUCUGCCUUCACAAUGCCGAUAUCACAAUCAUCUUUUCUAAAUGAUAACACAUCUUUCUCAUCACACACUAACAGCAUAUGGAUCCAUAUCAAAGUAUAACAAAUAUCAGAGUGUGAAUAUUGUGUUGUAUUAUAAUAUUUAGCAUUGACAAGCAUUAUAUAUCCAACAUUAGCUCUGUUAUAAUCGGCAUUAGCCGCUGAAAAACUGUAUUCGGUCGAUAUCAAAAUCCUUUAUACAACACUUUCAUUCGUGUGUGUGUGUUUGUGUAGGGGGAAUCUCCUGCCUCUGAUGUUGUCAUGAAUGAGGAUUAUGAUGAAGAAAAACAGCCCACGUCCGCUCAAGUCUCUCACCAGGAAGUGUGGGCCCUGUUUGAGGACAUCUGGUCCAAACUUUUUCAAACAAGGUGGGUGUAAAGAGUUGACAUGAAUGCAGGGCUGUAGUCAUCAUGAAAAUAUUUUACCACAUAAAAACUUGAUUUUCACACGAAGGAUAUUCUGUCUUCAUCGAGCCCCUCACACCAUUGCAGGGACUUUCACUAAGGCUUAAGCUGUUCUGUUUUGUGCUCCUAACACAAUUCAUCCGAGUCUAAUCCACAUUAACUCUAACCAGGCUAUAAUAAGCUAUCACGGUGAACACACAUGGAGAGCAGAGCAGCCCGGAGGAGUCAUUCAAUGCAGAGAUGAUACAACGGAAGAAAACAAUUAAAGCUAUAUCCCCCAAAGGCAAUGUAAAGACAGAGUUACAUGAGGCAAAAAAGGGGGUUAUCACAGAAAUGGACUGACUACCACAGUCAGCAAAUCAGGAGAGGCUGAUUCAGAUAAAAUGCUUGAGUCACACGAGUCUUGUUUGAUUUUCAGUCGCUGAUGUUUGCUUCUUGUUGUGUCAAGAUGCAGAAAGACUGAGGGUAUGUUAUCAGUCGUCAGAUGUUAUCAAAUGGAUGUUGAAGCUGUGCUGUAGGCUAACUCAGGAGAGCCAGUGUAAAUAUAGUUCACAGUUCAAGUCCUAAUCCUCACCUUUAGCCGAAUAACACAAUUAGAAAUUCAUCAUUAGUGCAGCUCAGUCGAAGCUAUCAGGUCGGAAACAAUGAUUGCAACUAGGAGUGUCCCGAUCCAAUCAGAUAUUGGUCCGAUAUCGGUUCAAUAUGAGCAAAAAAUGAAUAUCAGAUUAUAUCGGCCUGCAUCUAAAGUCCAAAAAAGACAUUGAAGCUGAGUGCAAAACUUGUCAAAAUAUCAGAUCAAUAUCGGUAUCAGAAAAUUAUGAAGGCUACAAUAUUGGUAAAAAAUUUGUAUCAGGAUACCCCUAAUUGCAGCUAAUGAUAAAAAUACAGACAAUACAAAUUCAAAAAUAAUAAUAAUAAGACCUUUUUUCACCACUGCUUUAUUAAAACUCAGGAUAUGAUGUGUCGGUACAGUCCAAACUUUUGUAUUCUUUGUUCUGUUCAGGGACUAAGAGAACAGGUCUUAAGAUGUCUUAUUCUGAUCUAAAGAGAAGAAGAAAAAGGGGGACAGUAUUUGCAGGAACAAACAAAACUCUUCAGAGGUUGUUUAUUUUUGUAACUAUAAUGUUGUUUUUUCCAUUGAACUGACCCCUGAGGUCAUUAUUUUCUGUCAUGUUUCAGCUUGCAAGUGUUCAAAGCUCUGGGUUUUGACCCUCACACUAUGCAGCGAGCUCAGCCGGCGGGAGGUCCUUUACCGCCACAGGACGCCCUGCACUGUUUGCACAAUCUGUCCUCUGUGGUCUCGCAGCUGCUUCAAGCCUUCAGCAGGUAUCCCAGCCCACUCAUAUCACAGCUGUCAGUCUGGACACUCCUCCGGACAUUAUACUCCUUAAUCUUUCAUUUCCUUACACCUUCUGUGUCACUUUUGUAUUCGGUCCACUCGGUGUAUUUAAAGUUACAGUGAUUUCAUUGUGUAGUUUUUAUGAGCGCUCCAGUAAUUCACUGCGCCCUAACACCUGGCUAAGUGAUGUUGUUGCUGGUUUUAGAGUAUAAAAAUAUCAUGACUUCAAUCUUAAUUUUCAGUCUUGUUGUGUCUUAUAAACAGUCCCUAAACCUCCUCAAACUGCCCUUGGACUAAAUGUGUUCCAGACAUUAUCUAAAGUGGGCUGUGCAGAGCAGUCUUAACAUGUUUAAACAGUCUGGGCCCUUAAGCACCAGAUUUUAUCUAACAGUCUCAACUCUGUGCAGUCGUUUCUGAGCACACAUUCAUGCAGCACCUCUGAUUCCUCUACUGCAACACCCUAACGCCCUCCAUUAAUGUUGUUGGCUGACUUUGACUCAAACACCCUGACUCAAAGCUCUAAUACUUCACCCUGGGUUUUACCUUUGUUACAGUAGAUAGGUAUCCUCAGUAAGACCCUGUCCCUGUCCUUCACCUGAAACCAGCCUAUUUCCUGUGUGUGUCAUGUGCUCUUGUGGCUCUCAGGACCUACUUGGCAUGCAGAAUUGGUUAGGCCAUAAUCUGCUUGACCUUGUAGCUUUGCCUUAUCACCUUUUCCCGUGACGUAACAGACGGCUCUGAGACACCAUGGAGCUUCUAACGGAGUCUUCCAGAAGUAAAAAUGUUUCCAGAUAUCCCUCAAAUGUUCAUUUAUAACUAGAUUUUAAACUGUUUACAGCUGUGUACUGUUUUCCCUUAGAUCCAGGGUGUAAAUAAUUACAUUUACGUUUAUAAUUACAUCACUAAUUCAGUGGCUAUUUAGUGUACUUGCAUCCUUUUUUUAUAUGUUUUUAUAACCUUAUCCGAGGUAGGUGCAGAGUCAAACUUACUUUUUACAUUAAUUCUGUUAGUUUAAUUACAAUAGUUAAUUUGAGAAAAUAUGCUUUUAUAUCAUUUUAAGAGUGCUUUCUUAAUUUCUCCAUCCCUGGUUAGAAGUAAAUAAUCAGCAGUUUAGGUUUAACUUCUAAUCUUGACACUUUUUUUGCAGCAAAGCUCAAAAAAGUCCUGGACAGAAUUCAUUUUACUCCCAGGACUUUUUAAUGCUCUCUGCUCCUAAAGCCUGUGCAGAAAUGGAUAAAAGGGAUUUAGGGUUUUCUGCACCUGCAUCCUUGAAUUUAUGGCAGACUGAUUGAAACUCUUUUGAAGCUUGCUGCUCUUAGAUGACCUGAUUGUUCGACUCUGAGAUAGUUUCUGUUUUUGUCGUUAUUUUUAGUGCCUGUGAGUUGCACUCUGGUUCUCUUUGUGUCUGUGUCUGUGUCUGUGUCUGUGACUUUGUGUUUUUGCAGCUCUCUCUUUAAGAAAAGAGAUUUUUAAUCUCAGUGGGACUUGUCUGGUUCGUAGAAAUGUCAGUAAGGUAACUUGAAGCUGAACAUUUCAAUUCUUUUCACCCCUAUAUUUAUUUAAAACCUUUAGAUUAGAUAUUAUUUAUUCAUUCAAUACAAGCUACCAGUUCAUGUCCCUCAGGUUCAUUGCUCCUGUUUUCUUAGUUCUGCUCUCCAACACAUGACCACACAGCAUCACUCAAACUUAAGGUCAGAGUCAGUCCAUUAUCGAUUUCCAGGAUGGGUUUCACCGUGACAUUUGUGUCCCUUUGAGGGCAGGUAACAAUAAACCAACAUCUAAAGGGCAAAGUUUUAUCUGCUAGUCUUUCUGAAUUCUUGCUCUCAGGGGCUCUAAAAUCAGAGGAGAGGACUUGCCUGUGAGUAUGAUAUGGUCCUCUGCAUGACCUUUUAGUAAUCUGCCGUUGAAUUGUGAAAUUAAAUUGACACUUUUAAGGAGGUUUCAUUUGGUAAGAUUUGAGAUGUUGUUACACCACUCAUCACUCAAGAUUGUGAUCCUGUUUCUCUGAUUCUCUUGUGCUCGGCUCUGAAUCUGUAAGACGUGGCUUCGCACAGGAAAGCAAGAAUACCGACGCUAAUGUGUUUAACCACAAGACGGGGUUGCUUUGAAUGUCUGCAGUGAUGUUAGAGCAAACACGAAGCUCAGCUUGUGCAAUGUUUUAUCACUUCAGAGGCAGUGAAGCAGACAGACAAACCUCUCUGAUCAUGAGCCACUUCGCUCUGAAGUGUGUGUGUGUCUCAAUUGCUUUUUAUGAUCACUUCAACUCACCGCUCUUUUACAACUCUCUUGUUUACUUUGCCAUAAAGCAUACAACUUCAACCGUGUUACUACCAGGUUUGUGAGGGUUUUAUGUUGAUUGUCUCAGUGUGUGAAAGUGUCAAGGUAAAGGUUUUUAUUUUGACUGGAAGAUUCAAGACGGUUUGUACAAGUUUAUUUUUAAUGUCUGUAGCCAAUGUGGGGGGUUAGGUGUCAGCCAAACAGCUUAUAAAAAGGUUCUGUUUAAACAGUUUACAUUUAAAUAAUUAGCAAUAAAUGAUGCAUUCAAUUGUCAAAAGUCAUCAGGGUGAUCACUUUUGCCAAAAGAUAAGCAAAGACAGCUUUGUCUACAGGGGGCACCGUACUUGACACAAAUCUAACAUUCAUCACGGCAGCUUUAAGAUAAGUUUGGAUGUCACAUAGUCUCGUUUUAAUUUCUUACAAUAUUGUUUAAAGUUUCAGUGUCAUUUAAUUAUCUGUCUUUCGAUCAAUGUGCAGUAUGGUUUACGCUUCAGCAACAUUGCUUCUGACUUUCAUGCCAAUCAAACUAAUUUGAAUUUGAAUUUGAAUGGUAUUUACCAGUUUAAAUGUAUGAUAUAAUCUUAUAAAUCCUGGGUGUUUUUUUUAAAUGAAGCCGUUUGGUCCAAAGCUAUAUUUAUCUCCAUCUCCAGGAAUCCUGCUCCAUCGUGUGUGCUCAGGACUAUGUGGUUUUUCAUGCACAUGUAUGUGUGUAUCUAGCUGCUCGAGUGCAGUUACCAAGGAGACAGCCAGACUCAUUUUCACGUGUUGAGCUAUGACUCAUUCUAGACACGCACUCCUCUCCCCUCCCUCCCUCCCUCCCCCUCUCACUCACUUUUCUCAUAUCAAGGACACAAGCUAUGGUUCAUAUCCAGAACACUUCUCAUAUUUUAUAUCCUUUAAUUUCUGUUUUUCUGUACUUUCUUUUUGUCCAUUACGUUCUGUAAAUGUUCUUACCGCAAAGUUAUAAAAGUUUAAACCUCAUCCCUAAACCCUGUGUUUGUAUUUUGUUAUUUUUUUGUCCAUGCCAGCGUCUUGUCUUCAGCCCAUGGUGCAGAGGAGGCCCACACGCUCUUCACCAUCAUCCACUCUAAUGAGGUUGGUCCCAUUAAUUAAAGUCACUUGACCUUUUUUUUUUCCCCCUCUGCAGUGGUGUCCUUCUGUCACGUGGAGCUUGCUUCCACUUAUUCACUUUCCAGUUCCCCUCACAUGCUUGUUUUGUCCCUCAGAUUGUUGAGGUGGACUCCAGACUGACGGCCCAGCACCUUCACGAUUGUUUCUCACAACAGGAGUACAGGUAAAGAACGCACACAGACACGAAGAUGAUAUAUGUAAUAAUGACAAUACUAACUACUUUGUGUAAAGAUGGAUGGAGUGUCUACAGCUCCAUCAGUUGCAUAAAAUGAAGCCAAAAUACCCUUUUAGACAGACACUGAUUAAUGGCGAUUUGGAGAUUACAUUAGAGCCAGUGUGUGUGCAGUAGAGACUGGAGCCGUCACCAACCAAAAGACUCAAACUUGAUGAUGAUACAGCAACAAUCUCUCAGGUUGCGUUAGCGUUAGUACCAGGGUUUGAGUUACAUGAGAGCUUAGCUUUAAUAAGAAAGGGUCUGAACUUCCAUAAAGAAGUACAAAAUCUCACCAGUCAUUCAAAUAUAUAGAAACAAAAGCUAAAUUUAUGCCCCAUGUUAAAAACCUUCUGUCUGUAGUUUUUUUAAACAUGUUUUCAACGAGCUAUGGACCAAAUAUCACAGUACCACAGUAUCAAACUACAGACUGUCUGAAGCCCGAAACACAAGAUUCUACUUUGAACAAUUGAGUCGUUUUGUUCUUCCUUUGUCCAUAACAUCAAGUCGAAAAGCAACACUAACAGAUAGAGAAACAGCUGGUUGAGAAACAGCACAAUCCUGACACCAGGAUGCUUAAUAAUCACACAGGGAAAAAAAACUCCUGAUAUUCCAGUAAAUGGGUGAUGGUGGUGUGUACCAAAACUAAACUUAGUUAAACAGUAGAAGAUGGACAGAAAAGAAAGAAGCACAAAAUAAAAACGAGAUGUAUUUGAUUUCAAAGUUUGACCCAUGUCCCAUCUGUUAACAUGGAGAAGGGAUGCUCUAAUACCAGUACAGCAGCAAGUCCGACAGAGGGGCUCCAAAUGUUUACUGUCAUGCCACCCAAAUGCUUCUACACUUUGAUUUCAGUCAGACUCUGAAACAUAAUUUCUGACUCCACACACAAAAACAUGCACAUACACACACACACAUACAUUGUAAAGUCAAGGAGACAGAUCCCUCCCUUCCUCGAUUCAUCAUAUCAGUUUGAUCUCUGCAUCUAGCAACAACCUCCCUCUGACCAGAUGUCGCAAUCCAACAGUCUCAGGUUCUCUGAAUUCUUAUUCUCUCAGUUGGUCGGGCAUGUCCGGACAGGUAUGAGUGUUGUUUUAGCAGCAUAAUCCCUGAUACUCUAUCAUAAAGGCCCUCUUCUCCUCCUCCUCCUCCUCCAGAGAUAUGCCUGGCGGAGUUCUUACAAUAACUGUGGCCAUGACAACAACCUGAAACAACUGUCAAACUUGUUAAGAUAUUUGCUUGAUAGAUCUUUGUGCUUUCGUUAUUUAAAACCAGACAGGUGGAUAAUAGAUCCACAGUGCCUGAAGUAAGUUCCUCAGUGUCAUAAUUGAGUUGUUUUGUCAGUGGCUGAAACUUGAUCAUACACAUUGUCACAGAUUAGGACUUCAGGAUUUAUUACAAUUGUGGUCUGAAGAUGGUUUUCCAAAUGCUCUUGUGAAGAAGAGAUAAAUGUGUUGUGUUUGGUUGACUUUGUUUGAGGAAGCACGGUCAUAAAUACAUUCCUGUAACCCUCUGAUAAAGUACAUGAAGUUUAGACUAAGCUUAAAAAUGAGAUGUAUGUCACCUUGAAACUCACAGUUGCUGUAACCAACCUUAAAAAGACAGUUUUUACCGGAGGCCAACAUCUCAUUUUUUCUCUUAAGUAAAUUUUAGGAGGUGUUGGGAUUUGUUUGCUGCCUGAAAAACACACAAAUAAUAACGCUGCCUAAAGGGUUGAAUUUAGGUCUUCUGAAUUACCUCUAACUCACUUGCUCAGGUAACACCAGCUUCAGGAUUAUCACAUACACUCAUCCUACUUGUUCUGGGAUUCAUUUUUACUCGGUUUAACAUGAACUCUGCUCUAUUUCAGUUUCAGCUCAAACUAAUUAUGCUGGCUACCAUACUUCAUGUUUUUCAGGGUCAAUAUCAGAUUUAUUAUAAUUGAAUUACUGUGGAUUUCUGCUAUAAUUACUUUAUUUUUGGAUAGUUGAUCAGCUGAAAACAAAUAUGGCCUUUUAUUUCCUCAGUCAGCACUACCGUUGAGACAGCUUAAUGUGUGCAAGGGUCAAUAAAAAUAACUGUUAUCGUGUGAAAUUGCAGUUUUAAUCUUGAAAUCUUUUUAUUAGGGGCAAAGUCUCACACAAAAACUCCUCGCCCUCUCUUAUUAGGGUUGUUGUUUUUCUGUGUGGUGGGUCUUUGUAACUGGGAUGGAAGUUUUAUUUCUUUGGUUUACUUUGAACGCUUUGUUCAAGUUAAUUUGGCGUUACUAGAUAAUUCAUUUUUCCCGGGUAUAAUCUAUCCUCUUUUAAUUCUUGACUACCAGGUGCUGUUUUUUUGAUAGUUUCAUAACAUCUUAAAAUAGCUCUCACUUGAUUUUACAGCUCUGACAGAGAGUUAUUGUUUUAUGGCUCACUUAGAUAAAAAAAGGAGUCAUUAAUCGGUGAACACAGCCAUAAAAUAAUCAUCAGAUAAUAACUAACAGUGAUAUUUCUACUGCAGAGUAGUUUUCUUGCUCUUUAUAAUUAAAGGUUUCUUUAAUAUUGAAUUCAACAGCUGCUGUUUCACAAACAGGUCAUGUGAUCCCGGCUUUUGUGUGAACAGGUCACCGCUGACAGAUCGAGUUAAUCAGGCAGUGUUGUGAUAUUAAAUUUUUUAUUCCCUACAUUCAUCGUGGAGUGAUGUAGGCCUUUACUCUGUGAGAGCAUUAUCCCCGCUGUUAAAUAUUUGAUUCCUGCGCUCCGUGCUCUGGAAUGAUGUCAUACGUUAUAUAAAGCCUCGGGGAGGCCUUUUACAGGGGUGCGUGCGGUCAUUACGAGCAGCUCUCAGCAGAUUAGCUUUUACAAAUUAGUGUCUUCGGUACUUAAAAUCAUCCCCGAUGAAGACCUGUUGGCCUGAAAGCUCUGAACUCUCAGUCUUUGGAUGUUUUUCUCAUUUGAAGGCCUGUUUCCUUUCUUCUCUUUAGCUGUUUGUACUUCUGCAUCUGUGAGAAUAUAUACGCACACAGAAGUAAAGCUAUAAUUUGUUUAUGGGGCAGCUAUAGCACGCAGAGAACCUUUAAAUACCUUUGAACACUUUCAUCCACUUUAUAUACGCUCAUUCCUUUAUGCUAUCUCAGUUUUAUAGCGUUUUUGUUGAAGAGAGUGGGAGGAAGUGGAACAAAACAAAGCAGACUACAGUUUUGGUGUUUUUCUGCUCAGUUUGCUGUCUGCAGGAAUACAUUCAGGUCCAAUGAUAAUGUGGAUUCAUGCAGCCUUACAUCUCUCAUGACCUACUUGUUGUGUUUUUGCCGUGGCGCACCAACUGUCUGUUAUUUCCCUGGUGUUGUUUGGAAACAUGCAGAGGAACACCUGUCUGUUUACACCUGUGGAUGUGUUAUCAGGCUUUAUGGAGGACGGCUUUUAAUAGCUUAGCUGAAGGUUAUUACUAGGGCUGCAUAAAUCAGGGUUAAUAAUUAUAACAUUAAAAACAAUAUUAUAACCAUUAGCUGCCUCAGAUUUACAUGAUAUUUUCUUUUUGUUUAUUAAUAUUGUGAUUUUUUGUUUUUGUUGUCUGUAAUUCCCUCUUUGGGGUUUGCACUACAAAGCAGGAUUUCCAGAUAUCAAGGUAACUUCAGGGGGUUUUCAGUUCUUUGAAGGUGGUUCAUUUCUUACUUCCUGCUGGGGUAGACCACCAUGGGAACUUAUGCUGAACUCUGUAUCUGCUCUGGGGCAGCUUAUGUUCAGAAUGAGAGAUCAGUUUGUAGAAAACUCUGCCUACAAGUUUGCAGAUUCAAUCAUUAAAGCUCCUGUGAGGGUUUUUAGACAUAAAUCAAAUAGAUUUAUCUUCAUAUUGGAGCAUUUUAUGAUACACAGAGACAAAUAAGACCAUCAGUGAUAUGUUUUUAUUCUGUCAUUUUUUAUGUGUUAAAGUGGAGUUAGGGGGGUAGGUGACAGCAGCUGAAGAAACAGCCUUGCUUUUCAGGAAAUCUGACACAUUUGAUUGUCAAAAGUCAGCAGAAAGAUACUUUUGUCAGGAAACACAACUUAAGCAUGUAGAGGCUUAAGCAUGCAGAGGACAAGAUAAUCAAAGAUUGCUUUCUCCACAGGGGUGGACAAAAUUGAGUUUAUUACAAAAGUUGAAAUAACAAAACCUGUAAAAUAGAAUGAAAUAUUUUUAUAAUGAGUGAACAGCUGAUGGGCUAAUGCCUCAGCUCUAACUGUAUUCAUGUGCUCACACUCAGUCCUGGCGUCAUCAUUCAGCUUUCAUUUCAUUUCUUAUAUAAUAGAUUGCCUCAGACACAACCUUAAACACCAGGUUCUUAUUUAUAGCAGGCUCCCCUCUCGGCAUUAUCUCGAACAUAAUAUUUGAACAUUAUAUUAUGUAACAGACCCAAUGACCAAGAAAACGCUGCACUGCUGUUUCAUGGAAAUAACCGUCCUUUAGGGAGAGGGAUUAGUCACAUCAAAAAAGACCAAAGCUGUUUUUGUUCCUUGCUGUCCUUUUAUUUGAAACACUUCUUUGGGAAAUGCAUUACGGUGCAGUUAAUCCUUCAAAUUAAAUCUUAUUUCUAAUGACUACAAGAGUAUAUCAUUUCAUUAUUUUUCGUUGUUUUCAGCUGCAUCAUUGUUGUUUACUGACUGGACGUCAUGCCUCCAUGCUUCUCCUAAGAUGGAAAGUGAAGCCACAAUAAAGCCUAGAUGAUCUCUGACUUACUGCAGAAGUUAUCUGGCUCAUAUGUUGAACAUGAUUUUGAUUUAGUUGAAUUGAUGGGUAAUAGAAGAGGUUUUUCUCUGUACUUAACAUGUUGUUUCUAUGUGACAUGGAAAGUAUAUGUAAGGUUGGCUCCCAUAAACAUGUUGUAACUAUACAGAUUAGACUUUGUAUUAGCUCAGAAUAUAGGUGGUACUUCACAGUUAACUACUUGGUUUUACUGUAGAACUUGAGCUGUAGUUUUUCUUUUGAUUUUCUAGUCAUUGUUAUUACAUGAUAAUUUUAUGACCAUAUAUUUACCAGGAAGUUACAAGGCAUUAAGGUAGUCAUGGUUAUUGCAGUACUAAACCGGUCAAAACUCUCUCUUUAGUUGAAUUGAUGGGUAAUAGAAGAGGUUUUUCUCUGUACUUAAUUAAUUAUUACAUUUGUUAUUACAUAAUGAUGUGAUUUUAGUUACCAUGUUAUUACAAGGUUGAUAUCUAGUAAUUGGGGAGCUGUAAGUGCGAGUGUAAAUUAAUGGAUAAUUACAAUGUUACUAACAUAGUUAUGUGUUUUUAGUGACCAUGCUAUUACCAGAUAAAUACCAAGUAAUCACGGGACUGUAAAAGAAAGGGUUAUUUACCAAAUUUUACAUUGGUUAAUAUAUAUUAUGUUUUUUAGUAACCAUGUUAUUACCAGGUAAAUACCUAGUUAUUGGGGAGCUGUAAAUGCCAGGGUUAACUAAUAUAAUUACAAUGUUAAUAACAUAGUUAUGUGUUUUUAGUGACCAUGUUAUUACCAGGUAAAUACCAAGUAAUCACGGAACUGUAAAAGAAAGGGUAUUAACUAACUAUUACAUUAGUAAAUAUAUAAUAAUGUGAUUUUAGUAACCAUGUUAUUACCAGGUAAAUACCUAGUAAUCAGGAGACUGUAAGAGAAAAUGUUUCUGUAUUUUCUGUGCACCCCUGCCCUGACAGUGCUUUUAAAGUCUUGGAACAUAAGACCAAACCGUGGGUAAGGAAACAAAAAGGAGAAAAAUAAAGCCUUUUAUUUUGAAGAAUACAAAACAUGAGCAAAAAUAGGAAAAUGUAAUGUUUUGGGAACCAGCUGAUGAUAUUUAUAUAAAAACAGGACCGUCUAAUGUAUUUGUUUUGCUCCUGAUAUUGAAGAGUACAUCCAGUCAGACAGCAGAUAAUAAUCAUGUUCAGGAAGUGAUGAUUGGCCAGUGGGGAGCAGUUAUCAGUUAUGUCAUCUGUGUGCAUCAUGUGCUUCUCUGUUUAAUUCAGUACAAAUCGUUGUCUGUCUCCUGGGGGCCCAUCAAUUAGCUGUCAAUCACAUGUGGGCUGUUAUGUAACCCCGUCAGGCCACACAGCUCUGCCUCUUUUGUGUAUACACGGAGGAUGUGGGUCAGUGCCUCUGUGCGUCACUUACUUUGUGUGAAUACAUUCAGAGAUUCUUCUUGUUGGAGCCUGAUGCUGUUGGACGUGACCAAUGUGUCUCACUAAAGGGUCUAUAGGUGUCAAUGCAAACACAUGUCACGCUGUCCCAUUGUCUGCAGAACACACUGGAAUGUGGUUCAGAUCAUGUGUGUGUCAGAGCAGCACAUUCUGGGAUAAACCCAGGCGGAGUGGACAGACCAAACACGACCUUCCAUUUCCACAGUUUAUGAAAACACACAGCUGUCCUGUUGGAUGAAGAAGUGGACGGAUGGUGGGUUGGGGAGUGAAUAGGAAAAAAAAAGAGGCCGUCAACACCCAGCACAUUCUGCUCUCUCUUUCCUCCGUUUUUCAGCCGGAGGUUAUGUAACGUUUGAAUGGAAACAAAGCAGAGCAGGAAACAAACAAGGAACAAGCCUCCUCAGUGUGUCUGCCGCUGCUAAGCAGCCGUAACCAAGACUGUAGCAGCCUGUUGAGCCGUGUUUGUGUUCAUGCUAAAGACUGGCUGUGUGUUCUCUUGAUGCAAUUCUAACUGCAAGGAUGCAUGUCGCAUGUUAGCAAAAGAAUAUAAAAUUCAAAUGAAGAAAAAUGAGCGCAAAUAGCUGCCAUUUAGAGGCAUCAGUGGACACAGAGGCUCUUUGUUAGUCACGGACACUCUGUCCUGAACACAUGACUGAAUUUAUUUUGAAGUUUAAAACGCUGCUCCUCCAGGUAUUAAAAGAUUAAUUCACCUUUAAACUGUAUUCUGUCAUCCAACUGGAAUGUCUUUUGAUAUUCUUGUAGGAAAAGGAGAAGUUUGUAUACUGUACAGAGAAGUGUCAGUUUAGUUGACAGGAAGGAGGAAAUGUACAGAUCUGGACAUGAGUAAUAAUGAUUACAAAUGCGUGGCAAACACAACAUGUCGGGCAGCAGACACACUGGAGAGAUGCAGGUUUUUUUUAGGACUUGGAUCCACAAAUUUGUGACAGAGGUAUAUAAGAUAAUUAAAAUGAUAAACCGCCUCAGUUUAGUCAGUUAUUAGCUCUUAAAACACCAGCUCUAUCACUCACAGCUGUGUGGGAACAGAACCAGGAGUUUAAACAGAUUUACGGUAGAAUCUGUCGUUUUGACGUCCGCACCAUUUUCUUCAGAUUUAAUAAAAGAACCCAGAAAGACCAGCAGAAAAUCCAUUCAUACUAUUUUCUAAGUGAGUACCCCUCCACUGUUACGUGACUUUUUAACAGAGAAAAAAAAACUUCUUACACAUUUCUGUAUUUUUGUCCUCAGGGAGAAGCUAAGUGCUGGAGGAAAUUGUUUAUUGGAACUAAAAGGGGCCCUGGAUCGUUGUCUUUGGACCUGUACCUCUCAGUCCUGAUUGGACCAGAAUCCGAGAGUCUACACUUGAACUACACAGAGGCCUUAGACUGAUGUCCUUUACUUGAAGACCUGAACACCAAAGGGACGUCAGCUUGUGCUGUUUCACUGGUUCUUGUUUGCUUAUUUUGUUUUAUCUGUUGACAUAUAACAUGUGAAGGAUGUUUUCGUUCUGUUGUCCUGGAUGUGUCAGGGAUAUUUUCAGUCUUUUGUCUUUCAGAGCUUCUACAUUUGACUGAAACCCACUUUUUUUCUCCAGUAUGUUGAAUUUAGCUGAACCGGGUUUAUGUUCUCUAAUGAAAUCUUCAACCGGGCUUUUUAUAACUAACACAGCAAGCCUUUAAAACAUAUGUGCACAUAGAAUACAGAGUUAACAUGUUAAUGUGUUUAUAGUGCUGUUUAUGUUCAGUGUUGUUCGAAAUUGUGUAUUUGUUCAUAAUGUGCAGAACUCUUAUUUAGUGAAAGCUAUAUUUAGACCUUAUGAAUGUUUUCAGUGCAGCAACACCCUAAAUGUACUAAAUGACAAUCUUUAUUUCUACUGUAUUUGACGGUUUACCACUGUUCAACACAGACCCUCUUGAAAUGUCGCCUCUUCUCCAACUUCACCCCAAAACUUCUGACUCUCAUUGAUAGUUUGUUGUCAAAAGACACAAAAAAGAAGAUACCGGUUUUAUGUUAGUCAGUUAGAUACAAAGCGAAAUCAGGGGGUGAUUGGCAUAGCUUAGCGUGAAGACUGUGAGCAGAGGGAAACAGCUAGCCCAGCUGUAUUGGAAAGGAACAAAACCAGCUCACUUCAUUGGCUCUAACGCAGUGUUACAAUAAUUAUCUUUGGUUUUAUGGUAGUUUGGUCCUAGCUGUGGCAUGUCCUGACUUUUUUUUUCCAAGGGGUAGGCCAAAUUUGGGCUCCUAUGUGGGCUGGGGUGGGUGGCGCAUGUGCAAUAUUGCUUUCUAUUUAAACAAAGUGUCAUAUUUAUUUUAAAAAGCAACACACCAGCAAGGCAAAAAUCUAAGCCUAGUAUUUUGAGAUGUGAAAAAGAUGCGAAAAAGUGCUACACUACAGUGAAAGCUUCUGCCAGCCUACAGGGCAACUGGCCAAUCAUUGUUUAGGAUUCUGUGGCUGUACCUGGGGUGGCCGAUCAGAUUUAAAGUGGGGCCAGUGCCACCCCUCGCCACAUAUCUAGGCACGCCCCUGUCUCAUGGCUAUUUUUGGUUAUGACCUCAUGUAGCCUUGAUGUCACCAUGAGGUUACCAGGCAACCAGCGUCACCCCAUAAAUGUCAGCCUCAGUUCUCCUGUGUAACUUUGUCAUACAGUCUUUGCUAAUCUGAGCAGAGUAUGAGUCAGCAUUAUUUUCACGUUUCUGUAAAAUGCUGCAGCUGACUGGCUUUUUUCUGUCAUCUGGAGCAGUGGGUGAACAUCACAGUUAUGUUGAAAAGGGGUACAAGCUUGAUUUCAAAAGGGUAUUGUGCAGAGAAUCCACAUUUUUAGGUUUUGCUGGUCUUGAUUUGAUUUUUUUUAAUCCUUUUUUUAAGUGAGUAUGUAAAUAACCCAAAAGCAAAGUAUAUUUUAUGUGAAGGAGUUCAAUAUUUGUACUAAAAGAAGAAAUGUGUCAAAGUAUUGAGUCCCUUUGUCCUCAUCAGUGUCACAUACUUCCAUUAAUGGUGGAGUCCUUGUUAGAACUGCCUUCAGGCUCAGUUUUGAGCUUCAGUUUGUGCUCUGUGAUUGAUAACCUGAGUGAGGGCGCAUGCAGCUUUAUGUGCGGCAUGGGUGCGUUUGGUAACUAAGGGGAUUAGAGCUCAGGUGGCGCCAGCAGACAGGCAGAGAUUACACCUGCUGCUGCUGUGACACACAGAGGGGUUAGGGCGAUCGGACGUCACACGGGGGAGGAGGGAUAAUGAGGGUCAGCGGAGGUUGGAAGUCCAUUUCCUGUUUCAUUUAAUCAAUGGAGGGGGCGUGGAUGCAACACAGGGACAGGGCUCCUAUUGAGAUGGAAAAAUGUACAUCAAAAAUCAAAAUUAAUGUAUAUCCACUGUUUUACCAAUCAGAUGACAGAAGUUAUGUUGGAUCCAGAGUCUCUCUUCCCUCCUCUGUGUGUGUCUGUGCACAAAGCUACCAGUAUCUUAUAUGUAAAUGAACUACCUGUCUUUGUGAAUGAGAUCAUCAAUCCCUGGGUCAUUGGAAAAGUACUCCCCCCACCCCGAUCAGAGGCUUUUCAAGAGGCAGAUCUGCAACCUAGUUCCUCAAAAGGUCCGUAGUUCCUGGGGCAAAAAGCACCUUUUUUUGAUAAUACAGCCUGGAAGAAUCAGACAGUGUGUGUAGGGAGAGGCGAGGGUUGGAUGGUGUGCACCAAAUCAUGCCUGGCUCAGGAAUCAAUCCCUCCACUGGUGCAACAUGAGCUACAGGCGGUGUUCAUUGGGCAAACUCUAAAAACCUCGACCUGUGGUGCAUCAUUCCAGUGGUACUCUUGAGAUCUCAGCUUGUUUUUUCUUAUUUCAGUGAAACAAAAUAAGAUACAUAAGAUUAAUUUAUCUUCAUCCCAAGAGAAAAAAAAGCUGGUUUUAUUGUGGUAACCGGGUAAUUUCCUGUUGAUGAGGAAAUGAUGUUAAAUUAAGAGGUAUCUCAAGGGAAGACUGAAAAUGGAAAAUGACUGGGAAAGAGUAAUUAUGUGAACUGGUGUCUGUCUAGGGCCUCUCUGUACGUGCUGGAUGUAAUGUAAUGUAAUAGUGAUACUAGCAAGGAAGUGACUCUUCUUUUAGUCGCUAAUGGGUUAUCAGGUAUUUUGUACC